AUGCUCAGUCCGCUGGAUUUGCUUUCGCGGUCGCGCGCCGGUGCCCCCAUGCGCGCGCUCGCCUACGGCCUCCUGGCCUCGGCCGCCUGGCUGCCUGUCGCCUGGGCUGCCGACCAGGAGAAAACGGCCGCUGAUUAUUUCGUGCACUCGCUUCCAGGCGCGCCCCCCGGCCCGCUGCUGAAGAUGCAUGCAGGACACGUCGAAGUGAACUCCGAGCAUCACGGCAACUUGUUCUUCUGGCACUAUCAAAACAGACACAUUGCGAACAGGCAGCGCACCGUCAUUUGGCUGAACGGAGGCCCGGGAUGUAGCUCCAUGGAUGGUGCCAUGAUGGAGAUUGGGCCAUACAGGGUAACGCCGGACCAGAAUUUGGUAUACAACAACGGCUCAUGGGACGAGUUCGCAAAUCUUCUGUUUGUUGACAACCCGGUCGGAACCGGCUUCAGCUACGUGGACACGGAUAGCUACCUGUCUGAACUGGACCAAAUGGCAAGCCAGUUUGUCAUCUUUCUGGAAAGAUGGUUUGCAAUGUUUCCCCAGUUCAUGUACGAUGAUAUCUACAUAGCGGGAGAGUCGUAUGCUGGCCAACACAUUCCCUACAUCGCCAAAGCCAUGAUGGAGCGCAACAAAGACGCCAAGGAGAAGUGGCAGCUCAGGGGACUCCUCAUCGGCAACGGCUGGAUUUCUCCUGUGGAUCAGUAUCUGUCAUACCUCCCUUACGCCUACAAGAACGAUUUGUUAAGAUCUGGCUCCGAGGCAGCCAAGAAGGUGGAGGCCGCUCAGUCAGUGUGCGUCAAGACUUUGGAUGCCGGCGGUGCGGGGCACGUGGACGUUGGCGAUUGCGAAGAAAUCCUUUCGACUCUUUUAAGUGUCACCCAGGAUCGGUCCAACGACAGGGAGCACCAAUGCCUUAACAUGUAUGACAUCCGUCUGAGAGACACCAACGAGGCCUGUGGCAUGAACUGGCCACCGGACUUGGUGCAACUCACGCCAUAUCUUCGUCGCGAGGACGUCAAGCAAGCGAUCCACAUCGACGCUGCCAAGCGUACCGGCUGGCAAGAGUGUUCGGGAUCUGUAUCCCUCAACUUCAAGGCUCGCAACUCCAAGCCUUCGAUUGACCUUCUUCCAGACUUGCUGAAGGAAAUUCCCAUCCUCCUCUUCUCCGGAGACAGGGAUCUCAUCUGCAAUCACUUGGGUACGGAGGAUCUUAUCAACAACAUGUUCUUCAACGGCGGAAAGGGCUUCGAGAUCAGCCCUGGAGAGAUUGCCCCACGUCGGGACUGGACCUUCGAGGGCGACGCUGCUGGUGUCUACCAGGAAGCCCGCAACCUCACAUAUGUGAAGUUCUUCAACAGCAGCCACAUGGUUCCUUUCGAUUAUCCCCGUCGCACCCGCGAUAUGCUUGACCGUUUUAUGAAUGUCGAUCUCUCUAGUAUUGGUGGAAAGCCUGUCGACUCCAAGAUUGACGGCGAGAAGGGUCCCUUGACGAGCGUUGGGAGCCAUCCCAAUUCGACUGCUGCCGAAGAAGAGCAGGAACAGGCCUUGGAGGAUGCGACCUGGAAGGCGUACUACAAGUCCGGCGAAGUCGCACUCGUGGUUGUCGCCAGCUUGGCAUGCGUCGGCGGCUAUCUAGUCUGGCGCGAUCGUCGGCGCAAGGCUGGAUACCAAAGUAUAUUCCCUUGGGCGAAAGACAACGGCAGUUCCAUCAUGAGUAGAGGCAUGGGCCUCGAAGGUUUCAGGAGCAGGAGCAACACCGAGCGGGACAUGGAAUCAGCGUACGAAGAGCACGAGCUUGUUGGCUCUGUCAGUUCGGAAGGAAGCGAGUCUGGCAGGGGCAAGCGUGGCCACAAUAACAGCAACGCUGAUAGUGAGGCCUUCGGGCUCGUGGACAGCGACGACGAGAGCGAUUCGGAAAAGCAACGGAGACCAGGCGACCAGCAUCGCGGCAUCGCGAACCCUUUUGAAGACGAGAAACCGCGCCUUUCUGCAUGGACGGCACAGGAGCUCGCAACGCUCCAAAGCCGUCUCGACAAACAGCUCGGGCCUGAGUUCAUAUCGUCGCGCAAGGGGCCCAGUGGUCGCACUCUCUAUUACCUUCCCGCCGAGAAGGCCAUCAACUUAGCCAACGAGGUCUUCGGGUUUAGCGGCUGGAGUAGCUCUAUACGAGACACAACAAUCGAUUUUGUUGACCAGAGUCAGAGCUCCGGCAAGGUGAGCCUGGGUCUGAGUGUCAUCAUCCGGGUUACCUUGAAGGAUGGCACUUACCACGAGGAUAUCGGCUAUGGCCACAUUGAGAACUGUUCAGGCAAAGCAGCCGCCUUCGAGAAAGCGAAGAAAGAAGCCGCCACCGAUGCGCUGAAACGCGCGUUGCGGACAUUUGGAAACGUUCUCGGAAACUGUCUUUACGACAAAAACUACGAAAGUAGAAUUUCAAAAAUGAAAGUCGCCCCGACGAAGUGGAAACCAGACAGCCUACACCGUCACGCCGACUUUGCACCGACUGCAACGACAGAAGUGACGCCAUCUGCAGAUAUGGACCACAAGUUGCAAAGGCAGCCUAGCAUCCAGAAGACUGUGUCGAACGGAACCGAGCUCGAGGAUGAGUUUGGCGGCAAUCUGUUUGAAGGCGUAGACUUUGACCGGGAUGACAGUAAGGACGACUCGGCGUAUGAGAGUAUGCUGGUGAACGCGGGAACAAAGCCUGAUCAGCAUGGCGCUGCACAGCAUCAACCCGUUUUUCGCACGCAGUCUAUGCCCUCAGUACGGCCCACGAACGGCGUAUCAUCUGGACCUCAGCGGAUACCAUCCGCAACAGGGAAGGCCAUGGAUACAAACCGCACGAGUGUGGCUUCUCGGGAAGAAAGCACGAUGCAACGCAUCCAAACAUCCAAUCCUAAUACGUUACCGCCCGGCAGAACCGACCAGCCCGUGGCAGCGCCGUCGCUAGUUCAUGUGGCACAGUCAAAUUGUAAGGACAGCUUGACUAACCCUGCCACCUCCGAAGUGGGACCUGACUCGUCCAAUCAAGCGCAGGCACAACAACAUUCUUCACAUGAUACCCCUGUCCGCUUUGUUACGGGUCGUGCUGCCGAGCUUCUUUUAAAGGCAGAAGCUGCAAAUAGGGCGCCGGCUCAGCCGCCGCCAGCUUUCGAUCCGCAUGUCGAGUCACCAUCCCUACGGCGCACAAGCGGAGUCGAUCACAACACUUCUGCCCCAGUCAAGAGGAUGGUUAUCACACAAGCCGGCAAUCAAAGUGGAACGAACGGAAACACCAGUGGCCCCGUCCGUAGCAGUACUCCCUCUGCGCCAGGAGCGAGGGCCAAUUUUGUCAAUCCCCAAAUGGACAUGAACAGGCGGGUAGGCAUGCCCAACGCUGCGCCCAGUCCCCAUGCCAAUCGCCAAUCAUACAAACCACCUGUCAUGAAGCGGCCAGCAGAGGCGCAGGGAAGACCCGCAUUAGCAGACAUGACAAAUGUCCCUGGAGACGGACAAGCCGAUGGUGCAGAUACUAAGAGGGCCAAGAUGAGCGAGAGUUAG